UAACUGCUCACAUUUGUUUAUUUUUAACAUUUUGGAAUUUUGUUAAAUAUUUUGUAAUUAGUUAUCAUGUUAAUUUAAAAUUUUUACGUAUAUUUAAAUCAUGAAGGAUCUUGAGGAUGCAGUGUAAAGUGUGUUCUGUGAUUUGAUAUCGAUGCUGCAAUAAUCGCUGCUAAAAUACUUGAACCUAAGUCAGUAAAAACUCCAUGUGUAAUCACUGCAAAUAAUUCAGUUAGCAGAAUCAAAAUAAACUUCACUUUUCUUUCAAUACUUCACGUUAGAGUGUCGCCAUGGCGGAUCACUUUUGUUUACGAUGGAAUAAUUACCAGAGUAAUAUGGUCUCUGAAUUGGAUAGUCUGAGAUCCGACAAAGACCUGGUAGAUGUAACGUUAAGCUGUGAAGGCCAUUUACUGAAAGCACAUAAAGUCAUACUUUCAGCGUGUAGUUCCUAUUUCAGAAAUGUAUUCAAGGAUAAUCCAUGUAAACAUCCCGUAGUAAUUUUGAAAGAUGUAAAUCAUGAAGAUGUCGAAGCGUUAUUAAAUUUCGUGUAUCAAGGCGUAGUAUACAUAUCGGAAAAGAAACUAGCAUCAUUUUUGCAAACUGCCGAGCUUUUACAAAUUAGAGGCUUAACUGGAGCCGCAACCAUUAAAGAGACUGCAUUCGAGGAUUCUGCAACGAAUCAGAACAAAUUAAAUGACAAAACCAGUGUUCCCCCUCCUCCUCAGUUAUUGACAGCAAAUGUGAUAAAUUCGUGGAAACAGAAUGCCUCUCAAACAUCGUGUUCGUCAUCAAAAUCAUCUCAGAGUAAUCCUCCGAGUCCUUCGCUUCCUUCGGUAAAACGUAAAAAAAGUAACCCUAGUAGAAUACCGCAGAAAGAGAACCUCGAUUCGACUGAUACUAACAGUAACCAAGAUUGUUCUGAAGCUGAGAGUGAUACAGCACCACUUAAAAGAGAAACCGUCGAAGAUGCUGAGAUGUCAGAAGAUUACAAGUAUCUAGAAGAUAUUUCUAAAGAAGAAAGUAGUCGUGAUAAUUCGGCAUUCUACGAUAAUCUCGAAUCAGACGAAACUGAGGAAGAAAAUGGCGACCCGAGCAAACCUAAAUUAUCGAAUAUGAACGCCGACAAGCUCUUAGGUCUUUCAAACUCAACGAAUUCGAAUUUCAUGAAUAUGAUGGCCAAUUAUCCUUCAUCUCAAUCUACAUCAGAUCAAAAUUCCUCUUUAUCUGAAUCCAAAUGGAAAUGUAUGUUACCUCAAGAAUGUAAAAUUUGUCAUAAGAUUUUUUCCAAUGCUGGAAACUUACGUCAACACGUAACUAACGUUCAUACUCCUGGACAACCGGUUCAGUGCGAAGUUUGUAAAAAAGAAUUUAAAAACAAGGAGUACCUGCGGAAGCACAAAGUCAUCAUACAUAAGGCUCCUUUACGCAAACAAAAAAUGAUCUCGGCGGCGUUCCCUAUUAAUCGCGAGUCACUUCCUCUCGCUUGGAACCUAUGGGAACAAAAUUAUCAACAAUAAGGAUACAUCUAGCUGCAAAUAAUCUCGCGCUUAUAUUAGCCGAUUUUCAACGAUCUACGUAAUCGAUUGUUCCUAUUUAUUUUACUAGUUUUGUUUUAUUACGUAAUCUUUUGCCAUAACAGUGAUUUAUUUAUUUUUUAAUUUUUAUUUAUUAGAUGGAAUAUUUUCUAUGACAUAAGAAAAGACUGCGGUUAUUUAUUUAUUAUUAACGUUUUAAUUGUAUUUUCGUAUUUAGGUAUCGGAUAUCGAUUCUGAUACUUUUUUGUUUGUUUGUUUUUAUUUUAUUUUAUUUCAUUUCAUUUCAUUUUAAUAGAUUACUCGACGUUAGCGUAAUAUGAUCAAUUUGCGAUACGAUUAUAAUAGUCUUGAUAUGGGAAAAAAGUCUUUUGUUUUUUCUAAUAUACCUAUACUUUUGUGAUUGUAUGGUGAUAAUUUUUAUGUCCUAGAAGAUAGUUCGUUGAUUUUUCUAAUUAUUAUUGUUCAUUAUUGUGAUUUGUUUUGUAUAUGGUAAAUUUUAUGUGGAUUUAUUUAGGUAGUAGGUAGGUACAAGGUACUACUCAUUCGAGUUUCGUACAGUGAGGUCGAAUAAUUUUGAAUACAUUCAAGGUAGGUCAUGAUUUCAACAAUUUAUUUUGAUAAUACGAACAUCUGAUUCGUUGAGAACACGAAAAACCUCUUGUGAUUGGACGAAUUCAUUAUCUACCUAAAAUGUAUCACUCUACUUCAUGUAGUCGUACUGAUCAACUAGUCUGGAAAGUGCUCCGGAGAAUGCUUAAUUCGUAUUUUAUUUAGAACUGGAUUGAGUCGUUCUACUUAUUGAUGUAAAAGUAGACAAUCAAUUUUUUCGUACAGACUGAGGUAUUUUGUGAUAAUUACGUGUAAGAUUGUAUUUCAUUUAUCGUAAUACCUGUAUACGUAGAAUGUAAUUUUAAUUUUUUUUUCAACUCGAUGAACGACAACAUUCGUUAUUUUACGACUAGAUCGUAUCUUUAAUGAUGUCUUAUUGUGUUGGUUUUUGUAAAAAUAGGUUUAAGGAACUGGAAAGAAUUUUAUACCAUAAUGGUUUUCGAUGUAAUUAAAUAUACUGGUUUAUUGAA